CGCCGGCACGUAUGUUGUCGGGCUGGAGAUUUCGCGGCGAUGGCGACGGAGGCUCGGCGCUGGAAGGGGACGUAUUGAAAGCGGGGCUUUGGCUUGGAUAUGACGAAUGCGUAUUUGUUGGAGAUUGCUUUGCUCUUCAGUUAUUCCAUUGGCUUCGGAUAAAUCCUCGGCCGCGGACUUUUCGACACUUCUUUGACUGAUUUCUAUGUCUUCCUUGUUAGAAUUUCCGAACAGAUUAACCAGGACUGCAAACUGAUCCGUGCCAGCCUUGCGCAACAUAACCGCGCCGGAGUUCCUCGUUGGGAGACCCACACUCCUUCACAGGGGCCAUGGAGGAGGAGGGGCAGCAGAGCCUGGAGUGCAUCCAGGCCAAUCAGAUCUUCCCCAAGAAGUCCCCAGUGCUGGAGGAGGAAAACAUGCAGGUGCCCUUUCCCGAGCUGCACGGGGAGUUCACAGAGUAUGUCGGGCGAGCAGAGGACGCCAUCAUCGCAAUGUCCAACUACCGCCUACACAUAAAGUUCAAGGAGUCCGUUGUCAACGUCCCCCUCCAGCUGAUUGAGUGUGUGGAGUGUCGGGACAUGUUUCAGCUUCAUGUCACAUGUAAAGACUGCAAAGUCGUCAGGUGUCAGUUCUCCACCUUCGAGCAGUGCCAGGAGUGGCUGAAGCGUUUAAACUCUGUCGUCCGGCCGCCGUCCCGCCUGGAGGACCUGUUCUCCUUUGCCUUCCACGCUUGGUGCAUGGAGGUGUACGCCGGGGAGAAGGAGCAGCACGGCGAGCUGUGCAGACCAGGAGAACACGUGACCUCGUGGUUCAAGAAUGAGGUGGAGAGGAUGGGCUUUGACACUCAGAAUGCCUGGAGGAUAUCGGACAUCAACAGCAAGUUCAGGCUUUGCCCCAGCUAUCCUCAGCAGCUGCUGGUGCCAGCCUGGAUCACUGACAAGGAGCUGGAAAAUGUAGCCGCCUUCCGUUCCUGGAAAAGGUUUCCUGCAGUGGUUUACAGGCACCAGAGCACCGGCGCUGUGAUCGCCCGCUGCGGCCAGCCAGAAGUCAGCUGGUGGGGUUGGAGGAACGCCGACGACGAGCACCUGGUGCAGUCCAUCGCCAAGGCCUGCGCCGUGGACAGCAGCGGCCGCAAACAUCUUUCCAACGGCAGCUACACCAACGGCUCAGACCUGCCUGAUACUGAUUUCGAAUCCUCCAUGACCAAUAGCUCAGAGGUGGAGACUCUGGCUAUCCAGCCCCACAAGCUGCUGAUCCUGGAUGCUAGGUCGUACGCGGCGGCGGUGGCCAACAGGGCCAAGGGGGGAGGCUGCGAGUGCCCAGAGUACUAUCCCAACUGUGAGGUUGUAUUCAUGGGAAUGGCCAACAUUCACUCCAUCCGCAAGAGUUUCCAGUCACUACGUUUUCUCUGCACUCAGAUGCCUGACCCAGCCAACUGGCUGUCUGCGCUAGAAAGCACCAAGUGGCUGCAGCACCUGUCUCUGCUGCUGAAGGCGGCCCUGCUGGUGGUCAAUGCGGUGGACAGAGACCACCGGCCCGUCCUGGUGCAUUGCUCCGACGGCUGGGACCGCACACCGCAGAUUGUUGCUCUGUCCAAGCUGCUCUUGGACCCGUACUAUCGCACCAUCGAGGGCUUCCAGGUUUUGGUGGAAACGGAAUGGCUGGACUUUGGCCAUAAGUUUGCGGACCGCUGUGGUCACGGGGAGAACUCUGAGGACCUGAACGAGCGCUGCCCCGUCUUCCUGCAGUGGCUGGACUGCGUUCACCAGCUGCAGAGGCAGUUCCCAUGCUCCUUCGAGUUCAACGAGGCCUUCCUGGUGAAGCUGGUGCAGCACAGCUACUCCUGCCUGUUUGGCACCUUCCUGUGCAACAGCGGCAAGGAGAGGGAGGACCGGCACGUUCAGGAGAGAACCUGCUCCGUGUGGUCGCUGCUGCAGCCAGCCAACCGCCCCCUGAGGAACAUGCUGUACUCCUCCCACUCUGAAACCGUUCUCCACCCGGUUUGUCAUGUGCGGAACCUGAUGCUGUGGACCGCAGUUUACCUGCCCAGCUCCUCCCCCACGACCCCCUCUGACGACUCCUGUGCUCCCUACCCUGUGCCCGGUGCCAACCCGGAGGAUGCGCCCCUGGGCAGACGAACAAAAACUCGCUCUUUUGACAACCUGCCCAGUGCGUGUGAGCUGGGAAGCACGCUGGCUCCCAACCGGCGCUCCAGUGACCCGAGCCUCAACGAGAAGUGGCAGGACCACCGGCGCUCUCUGGAGCUCAACAUGGCGGUGGGCCCUGAGGGAGGAGGCAGUCAGGAGCCGCAGGCCGGCGGAGAGGGGCCGUGUGCGGACGGACAGCAGUCGGAGCUGGGCGAUGACCAGCAUCCCCAGGGAUCGCUCCAACGGGACGCCCCGGUCAGCCUAGACAGGGGAGCGGAGGAGGCAGAGCUCUCUGUGGUGGUCGGCAUGGCUGAGGGGCAAAUGGAGAACAUCUUACAGGAAGCCACGCAGGAAACGGGAGCAGAUUUACAGGGGCAGGGACCUGCUGCUCACACAGAAGUGAAGGAGGAAGUUGAAAGUGAAGGGGAAGCUCCAGCGACGGAGACGCAGAGAGAAAUAGUUAUAAACGGUCACCAUCCUGACAAUGGCGAGAUGGAGGCUGAGGACGAUGGGGAUUCUCCUCCUCUGCCCUCAGAGGAGCAACAGGAACUCCAUCAGCAGCAGAAUGGCCAAAUUCAAACACCAGAGGGCGCUGUGGAGCAGAGCAUCAACUGCUCUGCUGUUAGAGAAGAGUCGAGCUCAGGAGAGGAGCUGCUGUCUGAAUCCCACAGAACCGUUAUUAACGGUUUUGUGGGCGGGUCAUCAGAGGAGCAAGAUGUAGAUGAGGCCGGUCCCGCCUCAGAACCUGAGCUCGUCGUUUCAGAAUUGGACGAGCCGCUGGACAAGAGGGCGUCCUUGAUGGAGAGCUCCACAGAGACUUUAACCGAAGAAGCCUGCAGCAAGCUGGAGCUUCUUCCUGGACAGCCAAGUGUUUUACCCAACCGUCAGCCGCACGGUGACGGCAAGAGCCAACACCCCGGCUUCAGGAAGGACAGGGAGGCGGCCGAACCCGGCGUUAGCAGAACUUUAAACGGGGGCUGCAAGCAUGCCUCGGUCAGUGCCUUUCAGUCUGCCAGUGCUGAGCUCAGCAGGGAAGGGCUUUACAACGGAGACUGCUCCGAUGGAGACCCCAGCGUAGGACCGCACUGGGCCAAAGGGAACGGGGAGCGGGCCCCGCUCAGCCGACAGGUUUCUCUGGCCAGCUGCAACUCCCUGGUCCUCCAUCCACGUGGCACCUGCCUGCAGCACCGCUGCUGCCACACCGCUCCCAGCCGGGCCGCCGUCAGCCCGGAGCAGCCGACCCGCAGCCACCUGGACGACGACGGACUCACGUUGCACACAGACGCCAUCCAGCAGAGGCUGAGGCAGAUCGAGGCCGGGCACCAGAUGGAGGUGGAGACGCUGAAGAAGCAGGUGCAGGAGCUGUGGAGCCGCCUGGAGAACCAGCAAUACGCCGGAUCACACCGGAUCAACGGAGAUGUGGGUGACGAAGUGACCUCAAUGACCGACUCGGAGUACAACCUGGACCCAAACUGCUUGUCCCGCUGCAGCACGGAGCUCUUCUCAGAGGCCAGCUGGGAGCAGGUGGACAAGCAGGACACGGAGGUCACUCGCUGGUACCCCGAUCACCUGGCUGCUCAGUGCUACGGCUGCGAGAGCCGCUUCUGGUUGGCCACCAGGAAGCAUCACUGCAGUGGCAGAGAGGCAGUCCAGGAGGUCUGGAACUGCGGCAACGUGUUCUGCGCCAGCUGUUGCGACCAAAAGAUCCCCGUGCCAAGCCAGCAGCUGUUCGAGCCGUGCCGCGUGUGUAAGAACUGCUACAGCAGCCUCCAGCUCAACUCCGCUCCUCUCGACCUGGAGCUCGAGAAACCCAUCGCGGCGAGCUCCAACUGACGGAGCGCAGAUGAACCGGGUCGGGCCACCAGCCGCCGACACAAACGCACCGCUCAGGAGCACAGGAAGCUACGCAGAAUGUCCCGUGUGUGUGUGGGGGUGUGUGUUGCCCAUCUGGAGUUUAAAGUGUAUAUUUUUAGGAUGACAUGCUGGCUACGCAACAAGAACUCUGAAUGUUGGUGUCUGGAAGGGUGUGUGUGUGUGUGUGUGUGUGUGUGUGUGGCAGUGAGGAAACGGCACUUCAAGGAGCGAGAAUGGACUUCCAGGUGCCGAGAGAAGCAAGUCUCGGUGCGGAGCUCCGACGGCUCCGGCACCUCGCCGCCACCCAGAGCUCCUGCAGACUCAGCUGAAGCUUUUCCUCUGGACUGAGAAACAAAACAAUCCAACAAGUGGAAAGAGAAUCUCCCUGUAUCAGAAAUCUUCACACAAAUGGUGUAAACAAAUCACUGGCACCAUUCAGGCUCCACUGUUUUGUUUUUUUCUCCCGGUUUGCACAUUUUCCCGUCUAAUCGGUUCUUUUGUUCCAAGUGAAAACUCAGAUCUGAAGGCUUCUUAAAGGAACCAAACGAACUUGGUCUGGUUUCUACUGAAAUGUCUUACAAAUGAAAACUAACUUAAAGGUAACUUUCCAGGUUGAUGGGAUCUUGUUUUAAGUCUACAAUUCCUUAAUAUUCAUGGAAAAAGUGCUGGUUUCAUUAUCAGAUGAUUUUUACUGAUAAUAAACAUUUAAUCUGCCAGUGAAACUCGUACAUUUUCACCCACAUGAAUGAAUUCAAAGUCCCUACAUCUUGUGGGUUCAUUUCGUUCUUGUUUCAAAUGUACGAAGAUAUUUGCAGUAGAUAACUAGACCAAAACUCCUGAAGAGUUUGUGUUUUCGCGGUGUUAAAACUCUGAACCUUCAGCUCCCAGCAUGUGGAUUUUCACUCUGCUGGUGGAAACCCGGUCAGGAAGCGUUGGAUCCCUGCUGCUCUGGGAGACCAGCAGCAGGAGGAAGGUUCUGUUUGUGAGAUCAGACAGCAAAGCUUCUCUGCGGCACAUCAUCCUGUUCAAUGACCUUCUUGCGCGCACACACACGCACACUCUUUUUUUUGUUUUCUUUUUGUAAAAUAAAUGAAUGAAAUAAUAUAUUCAGAUACCUAUAUAGCAUUUGAGAAAACUGUAUAGAAUUCUUGAAUAGUGGCUCAUUUAAUUAGUCACAUUUCUUUUUCUAUUUCUUUGUUCUCUUUUGUUAAAAUUGCACAAAAAUACCUAUAUUUUGCAUCCUGUCAGAAGAGGAACAGGGUUGUUGUUUUUUUUUAAAUAGAGAAUCCUGUCUUGAUGCUGCAGUGGUUUUCUCCUUUAAAAGCGAUUUAUUAUUUGGAGGUUAUUUAUUAAAGAGUUGAUGUUAAAUUGCUGUUAGGAAUCCAGAUAAUUCAAUUGAUGCAGGAUAAUCAGGGGGAUGAGAGAUGGUUUUGAACCGAUUCCGACAGGCUCGCCCUUUUAGGAUGAGCUGCGUUGUUUCAUCCGUCCAUGUGGCGGAGCGGAGGGGGCGCCAUCUUGAAUGAAAGUUCAGUGGAUUAGCAGCGGUCGGCGUCAUCUAUGCACUGAGCAAACAGUGGUCCAAAACAAACAGCCUGAACCCAAAAUCAAAGCAUCUCACCUUAACUGCGAUUUACGACUCCAUUCAAACCAUCUCCACACGCUACCUCUAAUUGUUCACACACCUGACUUCUAGUUGCUCGGUGACUUUUGUCAUCAACUAAGGCCUUGGUUUUUGACGUUGUUCAAUACAUUUCUGCUGUUUUGCUGAUUUUUAAAAUAAAAAAGGUACAGACCUGAGAGAAUAGAUUAGCAUCCCAAUCAUCGUGUUUUUGUUGUUGUUUAGACAUAGGGCUGGGCAAUAGAUACCUUCUUUUGUUUUGUUCAUAAAGAUUACAUUUAUGGAAAAUCAAUAUAUAUUUAUAUUUUUUUCACCAAUGCACUCCUUGGGUUUCCAUAGGUCAGAGUGAUGUCAUCGUGUUUCACAAGCGCGUUUUACAGCUUCUAUGAAUUCAGGUCAACUUUACCACAGGAUGGCGCCAGACUGCGACUUUUAUUUAUGAGGCCCGAGCAGCAAAGCGCUGCGAAGGCCUAUUGAAUUUUUAGGAUUUCUUAUUCAGUUUUUAUUUUUCCGCCACUUUACGCGGCAGCUUGGGGCCUUUAACAUGUUCAAAAACUCAUUGAACUUGACCCAACGUUGUCCCCCGAGGAAAAUGUUCCGAUUCCGGUGGAAUUGCAAGUGGGCGUGGCCAAACGGCUCGACGGUGCCCCCUAAUGUGAGAUGGGGGUGCAUCCUAAAAUGCACAGGGAGGCGGACUUUUUGGGUCAAAGGUCAAAUUUUGGCCAUUUUUGACUUUUACUCACAUCGAACUUCAACGAACUUGUAGAGUUUUCGACCCAUCAGCUUCAUUCUUGGUCAGAAUGCAUGGGGCUUUAAAAGUUAUCAAAAUAAUUUUCUUCUCUCAUAUGUUCAGGGGGCGUGGCAGAGCGGCGAACUUGGCUACUCGCCAGAACAAACGAAACGCUAUAACUUUCACAUAAAAAAUUCAAUUGGCACCAAACUUGGCAUGAGUGAUCCUGGUUGGAUCCCUGUCGAUCCUGUCACAGUCUGAUGUCAUCUAAGCCACGCCCCCUCUGAACAGGAAGUUACGUUUUCUUACUUGGAAAUCUCCCAUCUCGAGCUCUCUUGACCUAAUCAAGAUGAUCUUGUGUGAUAUGACAGACAAGUUGGUCUCACUUCUUUUAAAGCUCCCAGCUAACCCAUUUAACAAGCUGUCAGAGACCUCUUCAUUUAAAACUGCCCCUGCAAUAACACAUCUCAAUAUGUGACGCCACCUGAAAUGAAACUCUUCACUCAUGUAUUUUUCUCUGUUCAUCUUAAUGAGACGAGUGGUGCUGUUUGGUAAAUGUGACUGGCCACAACAAAACAUUGAAGAGGUCUACUUUGGCGUUUUGAGCUAUCAAAUCAAAUGAAAACAACAACAGUUGUUUACCUGAAAGCAGAGCAUCAUUCUGAGUCACUGGAACGAUUCCUCCCACCAACCUGUCCCAGUCGCUAGAACUCAACUUCCUCUGAUCAUCAGUCCAGUAGUUUUCUGUCCACUAGGGGGAGCCCUCGCACCACAAAUGGUCGACGGACCAGUAAAACAUUCAUGCUUGGCACGAUUGACCUUUGUUAGACGCUGAAGAUCCCAAUAGCUCGAAUUUGCGCUUGUGCGUCAUCAGGGAGCGCCGCCCAAGUCGUCGUGUGUCGCGUGGCGGGCGGCUGCGCGAGAGCGGUGGCGGGAGCCUGACGUUGCUGGAAACCCCGCGGUCGCUGCUGGGCCUCGAACGCAGCAUGCGGCUAUAAAAUGUUAUUUAAUUGCAAAGUUAAAGUCCUAGUGUUACGAGAAUAGGAGCGUAAAAUCAGGAGAAUGUAGUAAUUUUACAAAAUCUCCUAGAAAAUGAUAAAAACUUAAAAUGAGGAAUGUUGAGCACGUGAAGUUUCUCUAAUGAGGAAAGGACGCAUAAGAUCUGAAUUAUUAACAAGACUUUGAAACAGACUAAAAAAUAGGAGUCGCUUUUAUUUCUCUAAUAUUCUGACUUUAUUCUUGUCAUUAAAUAUUCUUGUGUUCUGAUCCUGAUUCUGCUUCAUCUCACAGAAGGUCUGGCUGAAAUAAAAGCCACUUUAGGAAAAUAUUUGCGUUUCUAUUUUCUUUGUGAGUCCAGAAAGCGAGACAAUAAAACAACAAAAAGGAGCUGCUAUGAAAAUAAAAACCUGAGAUUUCAUUUCCAGUCAUGUCGCCCAGCCCCACUUAGCAUGAGCUAAGUGGGGCUUAGCUCAUUCAUGCUCGAAUUCGCAAAUUCGAGCAUGAGCUAAGUGGGGCCCUGAACGCCUCCUGAUGCGUUUGCGUGCGUAAAUGAGUGGCGCGUGCAGAGGAACCGCUGCUAACAGGGCGUUAGCUGCACGUGCUUUAACUGAACUGAGCUGAGGACGUUUUUAAUGUUGACAUGUUUGAGAUAAUCCGUCAUUCUCGUUCCAAACUAUUUGAUCACAUUAUAACAUAUUUUUAAAGCAAUCGGUCGAAGGAGCCAAACAACAUGAAAUGUAUUUUCCUGAAGCUCCUUCAUCUCCCUUCACACCAUCAGCAGCAUCCGGGUUCCUCCCCGCUGCCAUCUUCUCUUUAACAAUCCAUGAAUGUGAACUGUAUGUUGAUGAAUAUUGCACGACAUUAAGUAGACACUGCCACAGAUCAGCUGUGACUGAGGAGCGCUGCGCUGCUCAGUGUUGACAGGAUCAUGGUGAAGCUGGUGCUGUGUGUGUGUGUGUGUGUGUGUGUGUGUGUGUGUGUGUGUGUGUGUGUGUGUGUGUGUGUGUGUGUGUGUGUGUUGGAGUGUCGCAACACACCUUUUCUUUCCCCCUCGUCCCCAGAAGUCAUCUCGGUCUGCAGAUGUUUGUCCUUCUCAGCUUUCGCAGAGAUUCUCUAUCAGAGGCUUCGCUGCAGCGGCCCAGUAAUCACUGGACGUGUGUGUGUGUGUGUGUGUGUGUGUGUGUGUGUGUGUGUGUGUGUGUGUGUGUGUGUGUGUGUGUGGGGGGGUGUGUGUGUGUGUGUGUGUGUGUGUGAGAGACUGGCUGAGUGAGUGGGACUCUUUUGGUGGAGACUGGUGCCAAGCAGUUUAUUACGGGUCUCUCUCAAAGGGAUCAGUCAUGUUUUUGGUUGGUUUUACUUCUUUUGCUUCUUCUCCUCUGUGUUUGACAAGCACUUUGAACCUUCUGUCUGUCAGAGGAGUGAUUAGCUGUACAUAGCAAUUUCCUGUAACAACAAGUGCUCCUUGUUCAGUCUGGAUAUUUAGUUUUUGUUGGAUUUUACUUUAUAGAGCAUUACAUUGUUGUAGAAUUCAAAUGAAAAAUAAACUAGCUGAACCAAA